UCACAUUUGUCUGUACCUCCCCCCACGUCCACGACUCAGCCUGAUCCGAUCUCUGAUCUAAGUCUCGGGAUAUCGAGCUCUGAAGCUGAAUUGUAUUGAGUUCCGACAUUUGACGUGAAUUGCAACUUUGGUUUCGGGAGGAGUGAUCGCGUGUGGAGAUUCUUUAGUUCGCUGCGUUUGUCUGGGUGGGAAUUCGGGCUUCCGAAGUUUUGUGCGGAGUUUGAUUCAGGGCGUGAUUCAGAAUGCCGUCGAAUGGGAGCGCGACGACGGACAGCAAUGGGAAGAAGGUGAAGAAGAAUCGGCCGAGCGGGACCAGGGCGCUGGUCAGGAAUAAGAUGAAGGAGCCGUCGCUGCGGAUGGUGGAGUGGCGAGCGAAGAGCGGAGAGCGCUGGGCGGUGGCUAGGGCGAAGAUGCAGGAGAAGAUGUCACACUGGGGCGCGUCCAUGAAGCUCGGCCUGUUCACCGCCACUCACCCCGUGCAUCCCAUGCGCCGCCAGGCUGCCAAGGAGGCCAUGAAGCACAAGAAGAUUGCCGCCACUGAACGCCGACUUCAGAAAGAAGCAGCUGCUCACAGCAUCGGGGCUGCCAAGAGAGCCAAAGCUCGCGAGAGCAGAGUGAGGCAGCUAAAUCAAGCCGUCCGGUGAACGGAACAGAACAGAACUCCAAGAUACAUUUCCUCAUCACCGUUUGAAGAUACGACGCGAGAGCUCCGAUGCCCAAUUUCAAUUUCAAUUGCCCCAGUCAGCUACAAAAUGAACCUGCGAGAAAUCUACGCUUCCGAGAUAUGACUUUGUGCUGACUAGUCAUAUAUGACAAGUCAGCACAAAGUUAGCCGACUCCGAUCUUCUCUCCAAAACUCGUCAAGUCAACUGCCCAUGUCGUCAACAUUGUCAGAUCUAGAGACAUGAACACUGGAGCCGAGCUGCUUCAUGUUAGCCUCGUCACUUUCAGCCGCGUAUGGUAAAUUUAUAUAUUCCAAUUCUUUUAUAAACAAAAUGUUCAUCUAUUGUGUAAGGGAGGGCGAAACAAAUUGCGAUGCUUGGAUCUUCUUCUUCAUUCCAGUUCAAUCGUCUCAUCCACAA